AUGCGAUUACUUUGGUGUAUUUAUAUAGAAGAGAGAGAAACACGGUUAUGUAAUCUUCGAAUACCAAACAGACCGUUGGCCAUCAUUUUUGCUUUCUUCCAGUUGUUUGUUGCUUCUUCUUCCUUAUUCCAGCAUAUUUUUUCUAUUUAUAUGCAUCGCCAUGUGUUUUUGUGUCGCUCAAACAUCACCUUCGAUGCACCUUUUGAGGAUCAAAUACUAGCUCACGAUGUUAUUAUUUUCGACUUUGGAUUAAUGCGCAGAGUUUUGGGUACUCAGGAAUGUGUUGCCAACUACUUAGAUGGUGGCUAUAUGCGAUUUGCUUGGACCAUCGAACACAGUUCAGCCUUAAGUCUCAGCAUUCUAGCGUUAUUUUGCAUCCCGAAACCUUUAUGGCUUUAUUGGCCAGGUCUCUUAAUGCAAUCUUCUUAUUCCCUGGGGCUAUCUGUGCUGACCAUGGCUAUCGCACCUAAAAUGCUUGAAGCUAUGGGAGGAAGAGUGGAUGUCGAGUUGGCUAUCCAAAUGGGCGUUUACAUCUUCGGAUUCACUUUUAAUUGGAUAUUUACCUUCAUAUUAUGGCACUAUUACUGGCACUUAGAAAGAUUAUACUUACCAUUAUCGUCGACAACGACAACAACACCAAGAAGUGUGCAUUUGUCAAAUUCUCAUACCAAACACACGGCGGUUUUAGUUUGA